AUAUAUUAUCAGUAUAAUAGAGAUAUUAUAAUGGGUUCAGCUGUACUCCUUGUUGAUGCAUCGCCAGAUACGAUCAUGCAAUUCCAUGAUCAACUUGCCAAUGAACUCCCGACUCUUCGUGGUAAGUGGAACUUCAAUUUCAAGGUGUUUCGUAAUAAUCCGUUCUCGUUAACAAAUGGGGUAGCAGAAUCCAAAUUUCUCCAUACUCUUUCACUUUCAUAUCUUCCUGAGGUAUGUCUUACAUUGGUCAAUAAGAAAUCUGCCGGAGUUUUCAGUAAUAAUGCUGCCCAGGACGCUGGCGCCAUGGGAUUCCCAGAUGAACAUCUCCAUCGUGGUGCAACUUCAGGCUUUAAUGAUCCAUUUGACUCAAUGGUAGCUCUGAAGUUACAAAGUCUUUGGCUACAGAAACAAGUGAUCAAAGGUGACGGAGGACAAAUCUAUGAGCUUGAGAACGGGAACGUGACCAUUCGGACAUCCAACGUAUUCCUUCAUGGGAUUUUCAAGGGAUUACUCAUCCAAGUAAAUACCAAUUCUUCCGACAAUGUGGACGAAGUGAUGAAAAAGUAUGGCAUACCGAAGGGUCAUGUUUGUAAGGAUACUGUUUGCACAGAUACUCAAGAUGAAUAUGGUGACUUAUGUCUUCAAUAUGUGGAAAUCCUCAACUUUUAA